AUGGUGUCAAAAUACGACAUCAAAUUCACGCAACUAGCUCAGUAUGCUCCCUACCUCAUUUCUACUGAGGAGAUGAAGAUUCAGAGGUUUAUGGAUGGGUUAGUAGUGCCAUUGUUUAGGGCUGUGGCAUAUCAAGAUUUUAAUACCUACUUCGUAGCGGUAGAUUGUGCUCAGCGGAUCGAGAUGAGGACCAGUGAGAGUAGGGCUGCGAGAGAUAAAGCAAAAAGGGCCAAGACAAAAGGUUAUCAAGGCCAUAAAGAUUUCAGCAGUGGUGGUUCAUCUUCUAGCCAUCAGGGUUCUACUCAUGGCUCCACCCAGCUAACUUUAUCUGCUCUUUCGAUAGCCGCCUCGUCUGACCGGGAGGAGGCCCAGACAUCCAACGCCGUGGUAUCAGGUAUUCUCUCCGUUUGUAAUAUGAAUGCUUGGGUAUUAUUUGAUCCUGGUGCUACCCAUUCUUUUAUCUCUCCAUGUUUUGCAUCACGUUUGGGUAAAGAUCGUGCUAGGAGAGAGGAACAAUUAAUAGUGUCUACUCCUUUAAAGGAGGUAUUUGUGGCUGAAUUAGAAUAUGAGUCCUGUGUAGUUCGAGUCAAGGACAAGGACACUUUGAUAAAUCUAGUGGUGUUAGACACCUUAGACUUUGACAUGAUUUUGGGAAUGGAUUGGCUAGCACCUUGCCAUGCCAGUGUGGAUUGUUAUCAUAAAUUGGAUACUCAGGUGAAGGUUGGCGAUAUAAGCCAAGUGUCGAUGGUGAAUGAGUUCAUGGAUGUAUUUUUCGAGGAACUACCGAGUUUGCCUCCCGAGUGGGAGAUUGAAUUUUGUAUAGAUUUGAUUCCUGACACUAGACCCAUAUCCAUACCCCCAUAUAGAAUGGCACCUGCAAAACUUAAAGAGCUUAAGGAUUAG